GUUUAUUCUUCAAUCCAAGGAGGUAAUUCACAGUCAGUUGUUAGAGAAACAGAAAAUAGCAGAAGAAAAAAUUAAAGAACUAGAGCAGAAAAAGUCCUACCUGGAGCGGAGCGUUAAGGAAGCUGAGGACAACAUCCGGGAGAUGCUGAUGGCACGAAGGGCACAAUAGGAGCUUCUAGGUGAAGCUCUUCUUUCCUCCUGACUUCUCUCAUCCUUGCAAAAGCUGAGGGGCCUGCGCAGGGUAACAGCCCCUCAGCCAAGCCAGAUGGACGUUUUACCUGGAUGGUCUCACAACCCCACAUUCUGUAUGUUGCCCUGAGCCCCUUUCAGGCCCCAACCUUGUGUAUUUUUCCCUGCCUCUUUCUGUCAGCUGUGCUCCAGGACACUCUGUGCUUGGGGAGAGCUAGGAACUCCAGGGAGAAGGAGGACUGGGCCAGGGCAGAUAGGAAGUUUUGCCUGAGCUUGCUGCUAGGCAAGCUGUCAAACCAAUAAAAGGCUACGUCCUACUCUCCAAGUCUGCUUUUCUUGAGCCAAGGGAUGAGAAGAGAGAGGAAGAGAGGCAGUGGCAUCUCUCAGUUCCUGCUCCCUCCUUUCUUUUCUGGUGCUUGACCUCUGACUUCUGGGCCUUUUUGUAGUACAGAGGACGAUGACUUAAAUUCAUAGCUGAAGUGAACAGAGUGGUAGUCGGCCUCAAGAUUCUUUUCACUGCUUCCUCCCAAACAUUGCAAAAUAAAGUUCAAUAGCAGAUAGCACCUCCAGGGCAGUCUCCCUUUGGCCAGUGUCAAAGAUGGAUGCUACAGGCCUGAGGCCUCCAAGGGGCUCAGGGGCAACAGUGUGCUGGUGCUGGCUUGCCCCUGCUCAGGAGAGCCAGUUAUUCACUUUUUAGGAAUUUUGUUGCAAGUCAGCUGUUUAGCAGAGCUAUUAUUAGCAACUAAAUUGUGUAAACUUAGAAGUUAAUAUUAAUGACAGGGAAAAUAAAUAAAAAUUCAAAAACUCAUCCCUUUCUGCUUAUUUUCCUGUACUUGACCAUUGUGUGGGUUCUUAAGGUGCCCGCUGUAGGUGGGAGCACUACUCAGUGGUACACUCGGCUCCACACCACAGACAUGAGAUGGUAUAAAAUCAUGGCCUUUAAAAAAGCAAAACUGGUAUUUAACUGUGUAACAGCACAGCGCUACUCCACAGGGCAAAAACAGGCAGGCAGAGGUAGGGAGUUGUGAUCUUCAUUGCCAUGGGACCAGGAGAAUCUGACUUGCUCUUUGGCAGCUCAGCACCACCCCGUGGCCAAAGGUGGGAUGAGUAGCUUGGCUUUCUGUGGGGAGCAAGCAGGAAAAAGGAAGUCUUGGGUCUGUCUUGGUGUGACUGCGGGCUCCUGGGCUUCCAGAGAGGAGAUGCAGAGCAAUCUAGUCUCCAAGAAGCCCCUUUCUUAGGCCAUGGGCCAAAAUGAGUCUAAACUGUGAUGGUAAACACUCCUCCCAAGCCCAUCUUGAAGGGUCUACAGGCUGAAGGACACUCAGCCUUGGGCACCCACACCUUACAAACCUUAGCGGAAAGGUCAGGAAAGGUAACGGAAUCCAGGAGACAGAAGCACAGACUCAAGGUGGCUUACCUGGAAUAAUUCAGACAACUGGGUUUUGGACAAAUUUAUUCAAACAUACAGGGUGUCAGCAGAGAAAUCAUUCAGUGGUGUGUUACAUCGUGCCACUGCCUUGAAUGUAUAAUUUAAAAAUGAUAAAUAUAUAUUUCGUAACUAAGCCUUUGGCCAAAAAAAUGAAAGUCGUUUAGCACAUUUGUUAAAGAUCAAUAAGAAAUGGAUUUUUGAACAUUAAAAAGAUCAAGUCACUGAAUUAAACAGCAGCAGCCCUCACUAAUCUAAAAUCCCAUAUUGAAGGUGGUAUCCGCACAGAGCUAGUCACUUAUUACAGCAAUCAGAAGAGAUGGGGCAGGCACACUAUUGGAGGUGGCUGCAGAGCUGGCCGGGAAGGAGGGCUGGGUUGCUCAG